AUGACAGAAUUCGAAGCAGAAAUCCCCAUCCACGAUGUCCUAAUCGUUGGCGCAGGACCCUGUGGUCUAGCAGUGGCAGCCCGCCUCCGGGAAUCCACCCCCUCAGCGCUUUUCACCGAAUCCGAACACCAAAAAUUCCACUUCAUGAAAGCUCAGCAAAACCUUAAAACCAAUCACAAUCACAAAUGCAAAAACAAACCUAUCCGUACCAGCCGCCGCGCUCACACAUCACCAGACCGCCUUCUCCCGGGACACUCCAUCUUCAACCAUGAUCUUGACAUCGCAGUCUUAGACGCAAACAGCGACCAAUGGAUGAGUUAUUGGAACGAAAAAUUCGAGUCCCUGGGGAUCACGCAUUUAAGAAGUCCAAUGUUCUUCCAUCCUGACCCACGAGAUAGAGAUGGAAUGUUAGAGUUUGCUGUUAGGGAGGGGAGACAAGGAGAGUUGAAAGAGAUCUCAGGGGUUGUAGGAAAGGAGUUGAGUAAGCAUCAGAGGAAGAAGAAAUUGAGGGAUGGGAACAAACGACCCCAGGAAACAACAUACGUUGAUGAGCGAGAUCGACAUGAUUAUUUCCGGCCAAGUCAAGCACUAUUCAAGGACUACUGCAAUUCGAUUGUCAAGCGCUACGACCUCUCAAACCUCGUCCAGAAAUCAGCGGUGUCAUCAAUUACUUAUUCAGCCCCAUCCUCCCUCUUCAAAAUCCAGACCUCAACUGGCAUCAAGAAAGCUCGGGUCGUAGUCCUCGCCAUUGGCGCAGCUGCAAAGCCAUCUCUCCCACCCGACUGUCCAUUCUGCAAUAUCUCGCUAAAUGACAAAAACGUCAAACAUGUCUUCAGCAAACCCCCAGCUCCAACUAAAGGUCUCGGCAUCGACAUCAACACCAACGCCAACAUCAACCCAGCCAUCCUCCCACCAAGCCUUCUCACCAAACCCCACUCCACCCUCGCAAUAAUUGGCGGCGGCCUAACCUCCGCACAAAUCGCCCACCUGGCCUCCAUGAACAAUAUCCCCCUCACGCACCUCAUCGUCCGCGGCCCUCUCAAAACCAAGCACUUCGACGUCGAUCUUUGCUGGGUUGCGAAGUUCAAGAACCACAGUAUGAGUGCGUUCUGGAAAGCGGAUAGCGAUGAGGAGCGAGCGGAGAUGAUGAGGGAUGCGAGGGGAGGGGGGAGUGUGAAUCCGGAGUAUAGAGGGAUUCUGAAGCGGUUGGUUGGGGAGGGGAGACUGCGUGUCUGGGAGUGGACGGAGGUUGUGGGGGCGAAGAGGGUAGGUGGGGAUGGAGAUGGGGAGAAUUGGGUAUUGGAGCUGAGUAGGACGGAUGGAGAGAAGCGGGAAGAGGUUGUCGUCGAUCAUGUCGUUUAUGCGACGGGCAUUGUGGCGGAUAUCAAUCGUGUUGAAGCCGUGAGACCGAUGCUUGAUGAGUUUCCGAUUGAGACUGUUGGAGGUAUGCCAUGCUUGACAAAGGAGCUGAUGUGGAAUGACGAGAUUCCGUUCUUCAUUACGGGACGAUUGGGCGGAUUGAGGCUUGGUCCUGCGGCUCCAAACCUCGAGGGCGCCAGAUUGGGUGCCGAAUUUAUUGCUGGGAAGAUUGCUAGCUUGAUUUCUGCGUUUGAUAGGAAUGUGGCUCAUGAGGUGAGUGAGGAUAUGGACAUGAGACGACUGGGUCUGGGAAGACAAAAUCAGUUUGAUGUCCUAGGAUUGGAUGGCUCUGAUUCGGAUGAGGAGUUGAGAGCUGGUGCUGCAAGAGCCAUGCUUUAA